UUUGUUGUAUUAUGUUGGCAGCCUUGGCCAUCCGAUAGCAGAUCGAUCUUCCGCCGUUGUCGGAGCCUCUCGUGUCAGUCGCUGCCAGCAUGGCUGACUCAAAAGAUCGGAGAGAGUUGUUGACCGUCGUUUCGCUCUGCCUAUGCUGGUACGUAGUGAGCAGCAGCAACAACGUCGUCGGUAAGAUGCUCCUAAACGACUUCCCGUAUCCGAUGACGGUGACAAUGGUCCAACUCCUCUCUAUCACUCUCUACUCGGGCCCGUUCUUCAACCUAUGGGGAGUAAGGCGGGCUUCAAGUUUCAGUUGGAAGUUCUACUUCAAGUUCCUCGUACCCCUGGCGUUGGGAAAGUUCGUCGCGUCCGUCUUCACGCACGUCAGCAUCUGGAAGGUGCCGGUGUCGUACGCUCAUACAGUCAAAGCGACCAUGCCGCUCUUCACCGUCGUCCUGUCCAGGAUUAUUCUCGGCGAAAAACACACUCUUAAGGUUUAUUUAUCGCUUGUGCCAAUAGUGCUGGGUGUGAUCAUUGCGACGAUGACCGAACUCAGCUUCGACCUGUUAGGCCUGCUGAGCGCGCUGGCCGCCACUUUGCAGUAUUCUUUACAAAAUAUAUUCUCCAAGAAGGUCCUUCAUGAUACGGGUGUGCAUCAUCUGCGCCUGCUCCAGAUCCUGGGCCGUUUGUCUUUCUUCCUCUUCAUCCCUUUCUGGCUGUCGUUCGACCUGGGCCAUUUGAUGAAUGAGACCGCACUGCUCCGAAGGGGGCAGGUGUUGCCGCUCCUCCUCACGGACGGCUUUCUCAACUGGCUCCAGAACAUACUCGCCUUUUCUGUCAUGUCUAUGGUGAGCCCGUUGACAUAUGGUGUCGCAUCAGCGUCCAAACGUCUCUUCGUGAUUGCGGCGUCGCUUAUUAUGCUGGGCAACCCAGUCACCUCAGCGAAUGUUCUUGGCAUGACGCUUGCCGUACUCGGCGUCUUAGCAUACAACAAAGCAAAACUGGAUGCGAGGAAAGUGGAAAAGUCUCACCCACUCCUUCCUUCGACCAUAAACAACAUCACCAUGUCACCGGUCAAGAACCACAAUGGACUUGCCAACGGUUUUCCAAGUUAUACCAACAACAACAGCAAAAUAUCGUACUUUGUUUAAUGAAAUAUCACCAUUAAGUAAAUAAAAUGAAUAAACAAAAUUUUACAUAUUGAAUUGUAUCUGAUAUAAUGAUAUAAUUUUUAAAAAAAACCAUAUCCAGAGCGAAAUUGAAUCGGUGGAAGGGAAAAACAAUUUUUUUUUUUAAAUUUUAUGUUUUUGUUGUGAUAUUUUUUUAUAAAACAAAAAA